ACCUGGACAAGCAGAAUGACAGGCUCCCCAUCACAUGUUGAAAGCCGGAGAAUGUCGUGGGCUGAGAUGGCGCAGGAAGAUGAGCUUGAGGAAGAGGAAGAGAAUGAAUCAAAUGGGCAUGCGCUGUCAGGAGAGGUGAUAAUGGCAGCUAAGGACAGGCCGAAGCCAGAGCCCUCAAGAGAUCAAAGAGAGUACAUCCGGUUUAAUAACGUUCAGAGGAAUACUGAUUAUAUCUGCUUGGAGAGAGUUAAAGGGAGAAUUGUUAACAUUCUUGAUGGGCUGGAGCUCCACACGGGGGUUUUCAGUGCUGUGGAGCAGAAGAGGAUAGUUGACUUAGUGUAUUUGCUUGAGGAGAAGGGAAAGAAUGGGGAAUUGAAAGCGCGCACAUAUACUGCACCAGAAAAGUGGAUGAGGGGCAAGGGGCGUGUGACCAUCCAAUUUGGUUGCUGCUACAACUACGCAACAGAUAAAAAUGGUAAUCGACCAGGCAUCAUGCGGAAUGAAAUUAUGGAUCCUCUACCACAUCUUUUUAAAGUGAUCAUCAGGAGGCUCAUAAGAUGGCAUGUUCUUCCUCCGUGCUGUGUACCUGACAACUGUAUCGUCAACAUUUAUGAUGAAGGCGACUGCAUACCUCCUCACAUUGACAACCAUCAGUUUGUUCGACCAUUUUGUACUGUUUCAUUUCUGAGUCAGUGUAAUAUAAUCUUUGGAACAAACUUGGAAGUUGUGGGUGCUGGCGAGUUUACUGGUCCUAGCGAAAUCCCCCUGCUCUUGGGGAUAUCAAUUACUUUCCGGAAAAUGGAUAAAUCAAAAUGGCCUAUUGGAUUUGUUCCGGAGCCUGAUUUGCAGGGACUUCAACCCUUGUCAUAUGAAGACAGCAGACUAAAAAGUUUGAACCCUUCAAAAUCUAAACUUCUUGUGAACAGACGGGAAGGAAGAAGAGUACAUGAAGAAGAAGAGAGAAUAGGAGAGACCAAGCGAGGGGAUGAUGGACAGAGAUAG